AUGAGUGGACAGCAAGGCAGAACUGAAACCAGCUCAAGAAGCCGACACAUGGGAGCAAGAAGAGGGCGAGCAACUGGGACAUCUAAAGACAUCAAACAACCCUAUGACAUUGAAUACACACAGCUGCUUGAGAUUGCAACAAAAUCGUCUCCACUGGAAGCAGUUAUGGCAGUCAUGGAUCCCAAUGAAAGUUUUCGGAGACUCCUCUCUAAUCCAGAAACUUUCCAAAAAAGUAAUUGGGUCGUCCUUAUCAUGGGAGUGUUUGCAAAAAUAUGCUGUGUGGACGGAUGUGAAAAUAUGGUGAAUGCUGCUCUCACCAUGCUGCUACAGAGCGAGUUCCUAGAAGUCUGCUCUUCCAGAGUUCUGCUUGAAUUUCAGUGCAACCCCUCCAAAACUGAAGUGGGAUGCCAGCUGCUGCAGCAGUUCUUUCUGAUACUAAAGGCUCUUGCCACGAAGUACCAAGGUGUCUCUGCCGGCAGCAUGAUGAAAGCAAUUCAUGCUUGUAACAACUACGUGCUCUUUCUUAAGGCAAGGAAAUAUGAUGUAGACGGUCUGGAAAGCAAAUCUGCCGAACUCCUCGCAUCAGUUCAAGAUGCGAACAGGACCUUGGUUUCUCCUCAUGCGAUGAAGGGCAUGGUCGAAGAACGUCUGAAUCGCCUUCAUCUCGAAUCAGCUCCGAACAACUUUCGGGAAAUUCCUAUCAUCCCCACUUCUGGGGAAAUCCUGGAAGGCCAACUUCCCUUCCUUCGAUCCAACAUCACGAAAGGUGCUUAUAUGAACGUCGAGCAUUAUCUAGACGUGCAGUUCCGGCUUCUACGAGAGGAUUUUGUCGCUCCUUUACGGAAUGGAAUCAAUGAAUAUAUGUUGGAGGGAAUGAGGAAUAAACAAUUCAGACAUCAAGACAUCCGUGUCUACACUGGAGUCACAUUUCACCACAUGGAUCACGACUUCUAUGGAAUCCACCUCAUCUUCAAGUUUGAUGUCUCUCGUUUCUCUAGGGUGAAAUGGGACAUUACCAAGCGAUUCAUGACGGGGUCUCUCCUUUGCUUCGCCGAUCUUGACUUCCACCAUCUCACAUUUGGGACUAUAUCGAAAAGAGACCCUGAUGAACUGAAGAAAGGCCUACUCACCAUCAGUCCACAAAGUGACAUGUUCGACCUUGAUGCAUGGAUGCAGGGUGAAAAGAUCAUCAUCGAAUCAUCAUCAGCAUACUUUGAGGUAUACCGACAUGUCCUACGCUCCCUCCAGCAAUGUGAUGAAGAGAAUUUUCCUCUCACCGAUUACAUUGUUUAUGGGGCAAUGAAAGAUGCUCCACCAAAAUUCCUUCCAGCUCAAUAUAAUUUCUCCUUUACUCGUCGUCGCCUUGGUUUGGUUCGUCUCCUAGCCAAAGCAUACUGGCCUCCUGCUGAAGACUUUGGCCUUGAUGAGUCACAAUUGCAGGCAUUUCAGAGCGCUCUGACUCAAGAAUUUUCCGUCAUUCAAGGCCCUCCUGGCACGGGGAAGACAUACAUAGGACUCAAAGUUGUGGAGACCCUGCUGAAAAAUAAUUUAACGCAACGAGCUGGCCCCAUCCUUGUCAUCUGCUUCACAAAUCAUGCCCUGGAUCAGUUCCUGGAGGGGAUCUUGUCGUUUACCAAGAAAAUAGUUCGCAUCGGGGGCCGUUCUAAGUCUCCUCACAUGGAAGCAUAUCACAUUAGGAAAUGGGAAGAGAAAACUCGACAGAUGAAGUCAAGUGUUGAUGAUAUAGUGCUCGCAAAGAUGAGAAGGCAGCACAUAUGUGAUAUGAAUGCCCUCAAUGAACAGGUGAAGUAUUAUCAAAAGACGCUUUCCCUCCUCCAGGAAGGAUUGGGAUUGGUCUCUCCUCAGACCAUGAAAGACAUGGGAAUCAUCAAUGGAGAGACGCAUCGCGUUAUCCGGAAGUUCUCUGAUUGGUUGAGUGGAUUUGAGAAAGUGGGACUCUUGCAGCAAGAAUGUCGACGGAUGCAGGACGGCAUCCAGCGAGAUCUCACGAGGCGGAAGUCUGUGGCUCCCCGUGAGAAACCAGUUCGAAAACCGAUGCAGCGACGGCAGCACGAAAAGGCUGAAUACGAAGACGAAGACGAGGAGAUCGAGGAUGCGCAAGCAUUUCGAAUGGCACAGUUUGUCGACGACGACGACUUCGAUUCGAUCUUCCCUGCUGAAGACAGCAAGCCCAGCCAUGUAACAGACACAUAUUUGAAGGUAAAUUUUGAGUCAUUAAUCGAAAAUCUGCAGCUGGAUUUCCAGAAUGCAGCUUCAGAGCUCGAGCAUUACCUGGGCAUCGAAGAUCCGUCUCCCCAGGAAGAAUCGAAGAUCGCCUACGCUGAAAUCAACUACCCGAAAGUCCGCAAUAAGUUGGAAUUAUUCGAGAACAUCCAUCCUCUAUUGAAGAUCGAUCCCCGUAGGAUCCCCCCAAAGCCCAGGAUUCUUCAGCAGGGAAACCUCGACGAACAGACUCUUCGGCGAUUGAGCCUCUCCGAGUGCCUGGAGUUGGUGGCCUUCUGGCACGGACAAGUCUUCGUCUGGACCCGAAAUGAGCUCGUGAAAAAAUCCCGGACCUAUUUGGAAUUCGUGGAUAAACUCCGAGACCUGCAGGGAAUCGCCCAACUGUAUGCAUUGAAGGGGGCCGAGGUGAUCGGCAUGACCACUUCUGGAGCUGCCAAGUUCCAAGCAUUGCUUCAAAACAUCGGCAACAAAAUCGGUGAGUUCGGAUGGAAAGCGGACUCGCACAAAUGA